AUGUAUUACAAAUGGCUGAAGAUCGGGGCGUUAAAAGAUAAAAGUUUCUACUGCUGGGAACUGACAAGAUUUCUCGAGUCCCUUAAAGUAAUAACCCAACGGAUGCUUACUGAAGGGACAGACCCAUCCAGGCCCAAGUCCAAUUUGAGCACUUCAACAAAUACUGUACCACGACUGUACUUGCGGAGUUUACUCAUCCUUCCGGAUCGGCCCUUUGCGAUGAAUCACAAAGCUCGUGGGGGUUGGGUGCACAGUGACACCUGGAACUCUGCCCCGUACUGUGUACUCGCGCAUUAUUUCUCCAGAUCCCGGGUCCGCACUGAGAAACGGCCGGGCCGGCCCAGACACUACGCUCGCACGGCAGCCGCUCUCAGCCCGGGCUCGCUCCUAGCUCCGUCCACGCCCUGCCGCCGCGGUGACCCGGGACCCCCACUGCCUGGAGUUGGCGGAAGAGGACGCCCGGAUGCCUGCGGGCCCGGACGCCUGCGGGCCCGGACGCCUGCGGGCCCGCACUUACCGGCUACCACCGCCCAGCCAGCCCAGCUCGAAUCACAGCGCCGACCACACCACGCGUAUCGACCUGGUGUCUGUGUCAGAUUUGUACCUGCGGCUGAAUAUUUGGAAAACUAUCCUAAGUAUGGCAGUGUUCUUCCACCUCAGAGUCUGAAGCCCAAGGAAGAAUUUCCAGCAUAUCGUUGUAAAAUGGAAGGAAUAACAACAUUUAAGUCGGAUUCUCGUCCUUAUGAAAUAGUCAAACAGCCUCACCAUGCACCAGAAGAAUAUAAACAAAAGCAGGGGGAGAUUGAUCUUGGUACUACCUACAAACGGCAUCUUAAUUCUUGUAGAGUGCAGCGUGUGGCAAUAGCUCAGCCUUUGGAGAGACAAGUUAAAAAAGGGAAGUUGGAUACUGUCCCAGCCUAUAAAGAUGAUUAUAGAGCUUGGGACAUUCAGAAAAGUGAACUUUAUAAACAAGAACAAACUUACUAUCCCCCUACUGUGAAAUUUGGAAAAACAUUUCAGGAUGACUGUGUACCUUGUGAGAUAAAGCCUAGGCAAAGCUUUAAACCCAGCCCUGCAGUCAAACAUUCUACAGUCCCCUUUAAUGGUGAUACAAGUCAUCACCUUGAUUACGUACCUCAUCAGCUAGAAUUCAAGUUUGCGAGGCCAAAAGAAGUUUACAAGCAACCAACCAACCAACCUUUUGAGGAUCUCACAACUCACUGAUAUGACUUCCAGGGGCUUGUUGGUGAAAAUGCAAACAUCUGCAGACCUCCAUACACCAGAGUGUCCCAAAAUGCUCAAUUUGAAAGAAGCACUGAAUUCCGUGACAGUUUUCAACCAUGGGAAAUCCCACCACCCGAAGUCAAGAAAGUACAAGAGUAUGUCCCUCCCGCAGGUAUCGUGCAAUUACACAGCACAAGCCACAUCGAUUAUGUUCCAUAUGAGGCCAGACGUGUUGUUCUUCCCAUCAGGCCAGCUUCUCGUAGAAAAAAUAACAGUGUUCCUUCCCAAGGAAAAAGCACCAUGAAGGAAGAUUUUCCAGCAUGGGAAAGUUGUUGUCAAAGAUUUAUUAAUAUUAAGCAGGAGCAGCAGAUCCCCAACCCAUCUGGAAAGUUUGAUGGUUUGAGCACUUUCAGAUCUCACUAUGUGCCACAUGAAUUGAUUCCAACAGAGAGUUGCAAACCUGUAAAUGUUCCCUUUAAGGGUUCUAUUCCAUUUGAUGACGUAACCGUGUACUCUCCCGAGUGUGCACCAAAGAAACAGGAAAUCUGCCCUGCCAGUUAUCCUUCUCCUCCAGGUUAUAUCUUUGAACAUACAAAUUCCCGAGGUCAUAAAUUCUUCCACACGAUCGCUCCCACGGUGAAGGCCUUCUAAUCAUCAAAUCAUGUUUAAAAGGAAGCUAACUAACAGAACGUUGGUUUCCCAAGGGCAAAACCAAUUUUCUAUGGUAGAAGAAAAAGUUUAUGAGAGCUGAAAAAAAUCAUGUUUUAAAUUUUUAAACGAGAUUUAGAAAAUUUGUUACAGGAAAUCAGGAUUUUUUUUUAAAAUAUUAUUUAUUUAUUUAUUUUUGGCCACAUUGGGUCUUCGUUUCUGUGCACGGGCUUCCUCUAGUUGUGGCAAGCGGAGGCCACUCUUCAUCGCGGUAUGCGGGCCUCUCACUGUCGUGGCCUCUCUUGUUGAGAAACACCGGCUCCAGAUGCGCAGGCUCAGUAGUUGUGGCUCACGGGCCCAGUUGCUCUGCGGCAUGUGGGAUCUUCCCAGACCAGGGCUCGAACCCUUGUCCCCUACAUUGGCAGGCAGACUCUCAACCACUGCGCCCCCAGGGAAGCCCCAGGAAAUCAGGAUUUUAAAACCCAUUUUGUAUUAAUACUUUAACCAAGUUUGUUCUUUAAUAUGCGUUCUGAGAGUUGCAUAAUGUAUAUUCCCAUCCGAACUAUUUUAAUCCAAACAUACUUUCCGGUAGCUUGCCUCAAUCUGCUAUCAUUUGUACAUGUGUUUAUAAUUAUGGAAAUUAUAGGGUUAUUCAUAUAUGAGUUAUUUAUAAGUGCCUUAGGACUAAUAGAACACCAUUGAAAAUGAUACAUGGAUUCUUUUCAUUGAAAAUGAUGCAUGGAUUUUUUUUUUCAAUACAACAGUAUUU